GUUAAUAUUCAUUGAUUGCGAAAUCAUGGCAAACACAGAGAGGAAAUCAAAAAAACGUAACUUCACUCAAUGUGAAGUAGAAGUUAUCGUUGGCGAGGUGGAAAAGAGGAGAAAAAUGUUGUUUGGAGGGCACAGUGUAGGCAUUACUAAUGCCAAAAAGGCACUUGAGUGGCAAACGGUGGCAGACGCCGUAAAUGCUGUAGCCUCACAACCUCGGACCGUGGCCGAAAUAAAAAAGAAAUGGUCGGACAUCAAAGUCGAGGCAAAAAAACGUCUAGCGCUCCAUCGCCAGAGUGUGUCUGCCACGGGUGGGGGAAAGGGGACACCGGAGCUGACCCCUCUUGAUGAGAGACUGGCGGCAAUUAUUGGGGAAUCCCUAUUAAGUGGAGUGGUGACUGAGGCGGAGGGGGACACUGACGCGCCAGAUGCACCGGGUGACACAGUUGCUGGGUGUUCCAGCGGGGCCAGUGGUUACGAUGCUGCAGCUGAGCAGCCGUCUGGACCCAGCGUCUCCACGGCACGCGGCUCUCAACCCUCCAGCAGUGGACGUGUCCUCACCGAUGCAGUCCUUGAAAUGCAGAGGGAAGUCAUUAGUUCAAUCAGAGAGGUGGCCAAGGAGUUGGGCGAAAUCAAGACUGCCCUGACUGAAAUAAACUGCACGAUGAGGGAAUUCUUGAAUAAAUAAUAUUUUCCACACCUUUUGUUGUUCUUUACAAGCGACGCAUCACUUCCAAACGCUGGCGCACAGCAGCAGCAUUUGGCUCAAAUGCGUGGGGAUGGGGUUCAGGGUCGGGGCCAACACAGCAAUCGGCGCCAGGGGGUAGAGGCACGUUUUUAAGCUGUGCCACAUUGUGUAGCACAGCACAUGCCAGCACGAUUUGGCACACCUUUUCAGGCGUGUACAAUAACCUCCCUCCAGUGCAGUCGAGGCAGCGC